UGUUUGUGGAUACGUGAUGUUACUAAGAAUUCGUUGGAUUUGAUGUAUUAAUUUUAUUUGGAUAUUGGAGAAACGUUUGUCUAAAACAAUAGUUUAGAAAAAUAUAACAUGGAAGGAGCCUACAGUGACAAAUAUGCCUUUAUCGGAGAAUGGUAUGAUAAUCAAGCCAGUCUCAUUCGUCGGUUUAAUGUAUUUUAUUACCCUACCGACGACACGCUUGAGAUGUUUGACUUAAAAAGCCGAAAAACAUUCGUGAAAAGAGUAAAAGUGAAUGGUAUUACUUUAGAUAGUUUUUAUAUUGGAUGUACUGUAUAUAUUUUGGGGCGCCUAAUUAAGAUCGUGGAUUUUGCCUGUGAAAACACGAGAAAUAAAUUGCAGAAGGAUAUGCAAAUUACCUUUGCCAUGAUAAAACCAAUGGCCACUAAAACAGCUGGUAAAAUAGUAACUCAUUUCCAAGAUCAUGGUCUUCGAGUAUCCAAGAUGAAGAAAGCUCGCCUCUCAAUAGAAGAUAUUAAUUUUAUUUACCGGGCUCAAGUAACUGACCCUACUUUUCCUUUUUUACUUGACCAUCUUACUAAUCAAUUAGUUUAUGGCUUGGAACUGGUUGGGAGAGAUGCCGUGGAAGUGUGUCUUGAGACACUAGGUGUGAGGGAUCCUCUGAAGGCAGCACCCGGUACUAUCAGGGCCCUGUAUGGUAUAGAUCCUGUAAGGAACUGUGUACAUGCAGCCAGUAACAGAGAAGAUGCUGUGUUUGAUAUUGACUACUUCUUUCCUCCCCCACCAUUACGGUCCACACGUCUGAGGCUCACAGCGACCCUGUCUAACUGCACACUUUGCAUAGUCAAGCCUCAUGCGGUACGUGAAGGAAAACUCGGACUUGCGCUGGAAGCUAUUGAUGAAGGUGGAUUUGAAGUCACAGCACUAAACAUGUGUAUUGUCGAAAACAUCAAUGCAGCUGAGUUCUACGAAGUGUAUAAAGGAAUUGUGCCCGAAUAUAAGGGAAUGGUGGAGGAGUUAGCAAGUGGAGCGUGUGUAGCAAUGGAAAUAGUAUCUAAAGAUAAAACUUUGAACACAGCUGUUGAAUUUCGAAAACUUGUUGGCCCAGCAGACCCAGAAGUAGCGAGACUUCUACGUCCACACACUUUGAGGGCUAAACUUGGUAAAACAAAAGUUCAAAAUGCAAUCCAUUGCAGCGACCUGUCCGAAGACGGACUGUUGGAAGUAGAAUACUUCUUUAAGAUAUUAGACCUAUAAAAUAAGGCUGAUUUUUAUACUAAAUAUUGUUACUUAACAUGAAAUUACAGUGUGACUGUGUGAAAUACAAUGCUUCAAUAGAUUAUUAGGGUAAUUGAAUGAUAUUAUUAAUUAUAAUGAACUUUGCACAGUUUGCGCACACUAUGAAUAAAAGAGGUUUUUGCUAAACGGAUUUAGAAUUCGUUUGUGAUUAAAUUGUUAGUAUAUAAUUGCACAGAAGGGGAAAACUCGCUCGUGUAUACUUAAUCCACGAGAAAGUUUUUGAUACUUAAUUUUUAGAUAAUGCAAAGAUUACAAACAAAUAAUCGGUCCCUAAAAAUGCUUCCACAUCUUGCUUCCGUAGUUCUAGAAGAGCUCGAGAUUUCUCGAAGAUUCACUCAGCUUUUAUAGAAGAAGAAGUAGAUCAGUUCCGUCGUAAAUUGUCCGUUUAAUUGUUUUGUUGUGGAAGAUAGCUUAAAUGUAAUAAAUACUUUGUUUCAAACGAAGACUAGUCACUUAACAAAGGUUACGAGUUCUCAUAAUAUUGGCACCAGCUGUAACUUUAACCCAUUACAAUUAUGCUGUGUAUAAUGUGCUAUUCUGCAUUGUCCGCAUAUUUCUAUUACCUCGCUCUUAGAUGUUCCUCUGACGCCAGUACUAUGCGCUCUGUGAUGCGUUAUUGCCAGUGUGGAAGUGAGAUGCUGUUCGCAUUGUAUCGCGCCGUCUCGCUUGCACUUGUAGCAGAGCUCAUAGUAAGCGCGUUGUUCACAAUGUCACUCCUUAAGCCACGGCAACAUUGUUUAUUUAGGUGCAUUUAUUAUAUACUCAAACUAUUAUGUACGUGUCUUUGUGGACUUAUAAAAUAAUAUAGGUGUUUAUGCGGUUAUUAGACCCGUGUAGCCAAUAUCUGUGUUGUCAAUAACAUUAUUAGCUGUAUUAUUAUUGUCAAUAGUCAAUACUCAAUAGUUAUAACUGUAUAACGCUGUGUCAAACGUUUUAUAUCAAUAUAUUAGUUAUUUAUUUUACUUACAUUUAUUAUUUUAGGUUUAUGAUUGUUGCCGUGUGCGAAGUAGUGUAUGGCUAGAUCGAACUAUUCUUAUGGGUAUACAUGUCAGUGUGAGACCCGUCAGAAAAGUUCAAUAAACAAGACUGAUAUUAUUAAGCGGUUUAUAAAGCCAAUAUGAAACAUACUCACCAUGAUAUCAUAAUAAAAGUUUUCAGCUAA